CUUCCUUCGAGUGCUUCCAUCAACCUUGGAACUAUGUAGACGUGCAAUUUCAACGUAAAAAUAAUUAUUAAUUCGUUAACAAACACUCCCAAAUUAUCAGAAUCGUUUUUAAACUACUUAACUAAGCAUUUUGUGUGAAAUUUCAUGUAAAAAGUGACAAUGAAAGCGAUUUGAAUCUGUCUGAUUGUGUCAUUCGCAUGACAGCUGUCAGAAGUGGGCCCCGUACCCGACCGUCGCAAGGCGCACAUUGCGCAAACACAGACACACACACAGACACACAUAGACACUUCUGGCCGUCACUUUCCGUCACUUCGAUAACAGCGACGUUUUUUUGAAACCCCCCGCACCGCGCCACCUUCUUAGCACCAAAAUGGCCGCAUGGAGAGCUGCUGGAUUGAACUACAUUAACUACUCCAACAUUGCCGCCCGGCUGCUCCGGAAGGCGCUGAAGCCGGAACUGCGGGCUCAGGCGGUCCGGCGCGAUGACUCGCACAUCAAGUUCACCAAGUGGCAGAACGGCAAGCCGGAAAAGGCUAUCACCGAGUAAAGUGUAGAGUCGUUUGGUCGGCAUGUUCGGUGCGGAGGGCGAGAGAGAUAUAAA